AUGUGUCACCAGGUGUCCCCGCCCAACGGCAAUACUCCAACAGAUCCACGGAGAACGGCCUCCCUCGGCGCCUCCGCACGGCCUACACCAACACCCAGCUCUUGGAACUGGAGAAGGAAUUCCACUUCAAUAAGUACUUGUGUCGACCGCGGAGGAUAGAGAUCGCGGCCUCGCUGGACCUGACGGAGAGACAGGUGAAGGUGUGGUUCCAGAACCGCCGCAUGAAGCACAAGCGGCAGGCCAUGACCAAGAGCGACGACCCCGACAAGAAGGCGGGCGGCGGCCGCCACCGCGCCGACGACGCCACCAACAACAACACCAAGUCGGCGCCGUCGUCGCCCGACAGCAUGUGCUCGUCCGACGUCAAGAAGGAGGAGAGCAACGACAGCCUGCCUCUGGGCGGCGGCGCGGGCGGCAGCGGCGCGGGCGGGCCCCUCCCCUCCGUGGGGCCGGGGCACCCGGGGGAGGCGGCCCCCCCGGCUCGGCCCUCGCGCCCCUCGCGGCGCUCGACACGACCAAGGUCAAGUGCGAGGACCCCGAAGGCGUGCGCUUCCCGGGCCCGGCGGCCUUCGGGGGCGAGGGCCUCAAGGACGGGCCGGGGGGGGGCGCAGGACGCGGCCCCGCUCAACACCCCGCCCAUCCCGCGCGCCACGCCGCCCCUCACGCCCGCGACGCCCACGCCCUCGCCAGCCCACCUGGCGGGAGGCGCCGGGGCGUGCCCGGAUCUCCCGCCCUCACCACCCCGCCCAUCACAUCCAGCAGGGGAGGCCCGCCGCCCGCGCCCACCACCACCGCAGUGUCCGCUUCCGCCGCCGCAGCCGCAGCCUCCACCACGAACGCCUUGCCGUCGCACGGGUUCGCCGUGA